AUGUCGGAAUCUGCGAAGGUAAGCACUCAGGGUUACAAUUUGGUGAAGCUUUUGAAGCGGUUGGAGGAUGCCACCGCUAGGCUAGAGGAUGUAACGAUUUACCAGGAAGGGUAUAUUCAAUCGAAGAUGGCAGCUAGCACGGUAUCUCAUGUACCCUCUUCUAACGACGUUGGUUCGUUAAGCGAAGAUAAAGGAUCUGGAUCGUCGUCAGUCUCUCUUUCAUCUGCUCUUUUAAAACCCGCAGCAGAGCCACUCUCUCAGGCACCGGAAUCGAUCGUAAAAUUCAACGAAUUGAUCGAAAGACACAUCAAUCCUUUGGUGGAGCUGAGUGAAAAGAUCGAUCCCGUCGUACACUCUUCUGUCAAGCUUUUCAAGCAAGCGUUCGAUGAGGAAUUGCGAUUUUUGAGGGCUGCUGUUGAGUCCAGGAAACCGGAUUACUCUUCCAAAGAGUUUUUGGAGGUUUUGAAACCCAUCAAUGAAUGUAUAAUCAAAAUUGGUGACCUGAAGGAUCAGAAUCGUCAAAGUCAGUUCUUUCCGUAUCUAAAUGCUGUUGCAGAGGGGGCACCAUUGUUCUCCUGGAUUACUAUCGAGACUCCCGUGUCCCUGGUAUCGGACUUCAAGGACGCAGCGCAGUUCUGGACCAACAGGGUAUUAAAGCAGUUCAAGGAGACGGAUUCUAACGCUGCUGCGUGGGUCAAGGAUUUCUUAGCCGUCUUUGAUGGAUUGAAGGAGUACGUUAAACAAUAUCAUACCACAGGGGUCGCGUGGAAGAAAGACGGUUUAGCUUUUGACCAAGCUAUCAAGAAGAAUGUUUCGUCAGCAGCAAGCGCCCCAGCCGCAACUUCCUCCGGCGCACCACCACCACCACCACCGCCCGCUCCACCAGCUUCUGUUUUUGAAGUUGAUACCUCGGCAUCUGAUGGCUCUAGUACUGGUAUCGGUGCAGUAUUUGCAGAGAUCAACCAGGGUGAAGAUAUUACCAAGAACCUAAAAAAAGUUGAUAGAUCACAACAAACCCACAAGAACCCAGAAUUGCGUUCGGCUUCCACAGUUCCUGGUAAGGCUCCUCCUCCAAGACCAAAGAAGCCAAGUACUUUGAAGACUAGAAAGCCUCCCAGAAAGGAGCUUGUCGGAAACAAAUGGUUUAUUGAAAAUUACGAAGGAGAAUCGGAUCCAAUUACCGUGGAAGGCAAUAAGGACGAAUCGAUAUUCAUCGGUAAUUGUUCCAACGUUUUGAUACAACUGAAGGGCAAGGUGAAUGCUGUCUCUUUGAAUGAGUCUGAUUCCACUAGUAUUGUCUUGGAUUCUUGUAUUUCAGGCUUGGAAUUGAUAAAAUGUGGCAAGUUUGGAGUUCAGGUGGAGCAUUCCUUGCCGCAGAUCACCAUUGACAAGUGCGACGAGGGGAACAUUUACCUAUCCAAGGAGUCUCUGGAGGCCGAGUUAUACACCUCGUGUUCGACAGGAAUUAACGUGAACUACCCUGUUGGCGAAGAGGGUGAUUUUGUUGAGUUCCCGAUCCCAGAGCAGUUGAAACACAGCUUUGCUAACGGGAAAUUAAACACUACUGUGUUUGAGCAUGCUGCUUGA